UCGUAUCGUAUGGCUGAAACACGAACAAACAAGAGGAAAAUGGGAGACAGAAGAGAAGCUGAUUCCAGCAAAACAGCGUCAAAGUGGCCAACCAUCAAAACAAAAUCAAAUCUUCAGAUAAUUUGUCUUAAAGAUACUUAUCUCUUUACUGUGCAGAAUUUCCUCACAUCUGCAGAAUCAAAGGCUUUCGUUAAAGCUGCAGAAUCUGUUGGGUUUGUUCACCAGGGGAGUCUUGGCCCAACAAAAGGCGAAGCUCAUAGAGACAAUGAUAGAAUCUCUGUGAAUGAUCCUGUUCUUGCAGACACAAUUUGGGAGUCUGGUCUUGACAAAUUAUUUUCUGAUAUCAAAAUUCGAGGGAAGGCUGCUGUUGGCUUAAACCCAAAUAUCAGAUUCUAUAGGUACAAGGUUGGGCAGCGCUUUGGAAGGCAUAUUGAUGAAAGUAAUGAUCUUGGAGACGGAAAACGCACCCAUUAUACUUUGUUAAUAUACUUAAGUGGCGGUUUCAAACCAAAAGCUACAAAUGAUAAGAGAAUUCCUAAGGAUUCUUCCUCAGAGCCUCUGGUUGGAGGAGAAACUGUCUUCUACGGUUCGAGGAAUACUGUUGUGGCAGAGGUGCCUCCCACUGAAGGAAUGGCUCUUCUACACAUUCAUGGAGACAAAUGUUUGUUGCAUGAAGCCCGAAACGUUACUAAGGGUAUCAAGUAUGUUUUUCGUUCCGAUGUAGUAUUUGCUUGAUGUGCUAAGUGCUUGAUCGUUAUCUGAUAUAAACAUGUAAAAGCUGAAAGCCUUCUUAAGGUUUCUCCAUAACUGAAAAAUGUAGUAGCAGAAAUGUGUAUUCUCUUCACAAACACUGCUUCAUUUUUUAUCUGGAAUUUCUUUGUUCUUAAGAUAUUACAUGCUUCCAAAGAAAUUCACUUGGAAUACCAAGAAGCAAAAAGAAAUUGAAAAAAAAUGUAAAAGAUAGGAUUAUCUAUCGGAAUACCAUUUGUCUUCUGGCUGAUAAACAAGAAAGAGAAAUAAAUGUAGGUACAUUCUUCACUAUA